AUGACCCAAAGCGACGCAUAUAAGGACGAAACGGCAGAAGAAGAAUUCCCCAAGCAAUCCCAAACCUUACAAACCCUAACAGCUACCCAAUUAUCCAGUUCAGUUUCAAACCUCUCCGCCUCCUCUCGCGCGAUUCCAUCGAAUAAAGACUUCCAUUUCUACUACAAUUUCGACGAAUUCAAGCUCCCGAUUCAAGAAAUGGCAGCGAAGUCGCAGUCGCUACUCGAAUCAAUCGGGUCUUCCUCUUCAAAUCAUAUUUUCAAAGAGAAGUUACAGUUCCCUACCGAUGUUGACAUGGACGAGGCUUAUGAUUGGUUAGUGAAUGUAAACGAUGAGAUUUUUGAGCGUUUUGAUACUUCAAUUGAUGAAUUUAAGAAAAUCCGAGAGGAAACGGGUCGGGUUGAGGGCGUGGAUAGUGAGGAUGGGUUUCAAUUGGUGCAUGGGAAGAAGAAUAAAAAGUUAAUGAAGAAAGCCAUUAAUGAUGACUCAGUGAGUUGUGCUGUUGGUGAGUCAGGAGUGAAGGUGGCGGAUAACAAGAAGGGGAUUUUGGGAAAUAAAGCCAAGGUUCCGUUUCAUAUACCGACAAUAAGGAGGCCACAAGAGGAGCAUAAUAUUUUGGUUAAUAAUUCGAAUAGGGCUUUUGAUCAUGUUUGGUUGGAGAGAAGCGAAGAUGGGUUGAGGGUUAUUCAUCCACUGGAAAAGCUCUCUGUUCUUGAUUUUGUGGAUAAAAGUAUUGGGGAUGUUGAGCCUGCACCUCCUCUUCCAAUAGAGAGUACUGCAUUUAAGCUUGUGGAAGAAGUCAAGGAUUUGAAGGAAUUGGCAGCUAAAUUGCGUGGUGUAAAUGAAUUUGCGGUUGAUUUGGAGCACAAUCAGUAUCGAUCUUUUCAAGGAUUGACAUGCUUGAUGCAAAUUUCUACCAGAACUGAGGAUUUUAUUGUAGAUACUUUAAAACUUCGAAUACAUAUUGGCCCUUAUCUUAGGGAAGUUUUCAAGGAUCCUGUCAAGAGAAAGGUCAUGCACGGAGCAGAUCGAGACAUCAUGUGGCUUCAACGGGACUUUGGCAUAUAUAUCUGCAAUCUGUUUGACACUGGACAGGCCUCAAGAGUACUGAAGUUGGAAAGAAAUAGUUUGGAGUACCUUUUAAAUCACUUUUGUGGGGUUACUGCCAAGAAAGAAGUUGACCUGUCUGUUCCUUGCAGAUACCAGAAUGCAGAUUGGAGACUACGCCCUCUUCCUGAUGAGAUGAUAAGAACUGAUUGCAUGAAUUAUUUUCUCAAGAUUCCAGCAUAUGUUUUGAUCUUUAAUGUGAAAGUUGCUAAUGUUAACUUUCAACAAUUAUCUAAUGGGCAACUCUUUUUUGGUGAUAGAUAUGCCAGAGAAGAUACCCACUACCUGCUGCAUAUAUAUGAUUUGAUGAGGGCACUUUUACUCUCAAAGCCUAAUGACAAUGAAAAUGCUGAUCCCCCUUUGUUAGAGGUCUACAAACGCAGUUAUGAUGUAUGCAUGCAGCUGUAUGAGAGGGAUCUUUUCGCUGAAAAUUCGUAUCUUCACAUGUAUGGGUUGCCUGGUGCUGGUUUCAAUGCUCAGCAGCUUGCCAUUGUUGCAGGGCUUUAUGAGUGGAGAGAUGCCAUUGCCCGUGCAGAAGAUGAGAGCACAGGUUAUAUAUUGCCAAACAAAACUCUUAUUGAAAUUGCCAAGGAGAUGCCUGUUACGACUAGCAAAUUACGUCGAUUGCUGAAAUCAAAGCACUCAUAUAUUGAACGACACCUUAGCUCCGUUGUUAGCAUCAUUAGGCACUCCAUGCAAAACUCUGCUGCAUUUGAAGCUGCUGUUCAACAUUUAAAGGAGAAACACAUGGAAACAGCAUCACAAGAAGAUGCAGAAGCUAAUGAUGGAUCUGAAGCAAAAAGCAUUUGUGGUGGCAAUGGAAUGAACAGUGGUGUGGCUAUCUGCCCUGAAACUUCUGUGCAUCUGAAAACGGGACUUUUGAAGCAGGGAAGCAGUAUUGUUGAACUUGGCAGAGGUGAACUAGGAAGCUCUGCCAAGCAUCAUGGUGAAAAUGGUGAAAUGAAGAAUGGAUCCAGUAAUAUUUCAGAUACAUCUCCAAAAGGAAAGGUUGCUGGAGUAACUGUUCAGGUUCUCAAGAAGCCAACUGGUGCUUUUGGCGCACUUCUUGGGGGUGCAGCGACAAAGAGGAAACUUGGUACUGAUAAAAAGGUCAAUGAAGAGAUCAAGUUAGAAAAGAUAAGAUCUUCAGUAAACCUUCCAUUCCAUUCGUUUAUGGGCAGAAAUGAACCUCCAAAACCAGUAAUAGAAGAGACCGUUGGAGUUACAGAAAUUUCACAUGCUGAAGAAUCUUUGGCUGUCCCAGCUACUGGUUCUAGUUUGGAAGAUAUAAUAAUGUUGGAUGAUGAUUCGGAUAUGGAACAAAACGCUCAUAUUGCAGAAACAGAGAGAGAUGAUUCCAAAAUCACAAAUGUCAAUGGGGAUGACGAAUUUUCAGGAUCUGCUUUGGAAACAGAUGAAGGUGAGGAACCCGUUUCUCUCUCUGAUUUGUCUAGUAGUUUCCAAAAGUGCUUGCAAUCCAGUAAUGAAAAUAGAAAAACUCUAGAAGCUAAGAAAUCAGGAGAACCAAGUGGCAGUUUGAAGCUGAAGCCAUUUGAUUAUUCUGCUGCACUAAGAUUUGGUGAGGAUCCAUCAGGUAAGUUGAAAGUAGGGAGUGCCAAAAAUCAGAGGGGCGUGCUUGACUGUGUGGCUACGAUAAAAACUUCACCGGCACCCAGAGCACAAAAGGAUGACGAGACAGGAGAAUUUUGCCAAGGAAGAAGACGUCAGGCCUUUCCUGCAACUGGGAAUAGGAGUGCAACAUUCCGAUGA